GCAUCUGUAAUAGCCACAUGUGCGGACAGGCACAGGCAGAUGUUAGUUGUGUGGACAGGCAGAGUAGAUCACAUCGCCAUGGUUCAGUGCCUCAACCUUUGUUAGUGUGGUGAAAGGAAUUCAGUUUUAGAAUUAGUAGAUUCUGUGUGUUGUCCUAAUUAUGUCUGAAGGGAAGGAGGAGAGUGAAGAUGACAAGGUGCACAUCCCUCCUGACAUCACCUUUGAAGACCUGGUGGUGGACAUCAACUUCCACCCCAGUAAACCUCUCAUUGCUGCAGGGAUUAUCACUGGGGACGUCAUCUUACACUCCUAUGCAUCUUCUGCUAACACCUUAGUAAGGACCUUCAAACAUCACAAGAAGGCAACCAGAGCAGUGGCUUUCUCCAAGGAUGGAAACAGUUUGAUCACCUCCUCUAAAGACAAGUCCCUGCAGGUAGUAGAUGUGGAGACAGGGAAGGUUUCCCAGUGUUUCUCCGAGGCCCACCCAAGCCCUGUGUACUGUCAACUGGUCAUCAGUGACAGGCUGUUAGCAACAGGAGAUGAUGAUGGCAAUGUGAAGCUGUGGGACCUGAGGAAGGGACAUCCCAUCAUGGAGCUUCAGGAGAAUCAGGACUUCAUCAGUGACAUGGCCGUGGAUGAGGAGAAACGCUUUCUCUUGGCUACAAGUGGAGAUGGCACCAUGACAACUUUCAACAUAAGGAGGAGAAAAAUGGUGAUGCAGUCAGAAAAUAUGGAGGAUGAGAUGUUGUCUGUUGCCAUAGUGAAGGAUGGAACCAAAGUCAUCUGUGGCACAGGGGAGGGAGCACUCAACUUCUUCAACUGGGAGGAGUUUGGGAACAUCAGUGACAGGUUCCCUGGCCACCCCAUGUCUGUGGACUGUAUUGUACCUGUCACCGAGAAUAUCGUCUGCACAGGGUCUAUGGACGGUGUCAUCAGGGCCGUGAACAUCCUUCCCAACAGAUUCAUGGGUGUUGUUGGAGAACAUGAGGAAUUUCCCAUUGAGCAAAUCAGGAUCACCCCCAAUAGUGAAAUGAUAGCGAGCUGCUCUCAUGACCAGAAAAUCAAAUUUUGGCAUGUGGCACAUUUAGAGAAGGAAACCAUUGAUGCCUCCAAGAAGGCAAAGAGGGACAACAAGCCAAAGAACUUGAAGAAGACAGCGGGCCAGGAAGACUUCUUUGCAGACUUUGGGAAGGAUUUGGAGGUCAAACCGGCAACUGAAGAUGAUUUGUCUGAAGAAGAGGAUGACUCUAAUAACGAAGAAGAGUCAGAAAAUGGAGAAGCUGCAAACAAUGGAAACUCCUCAGAGGAAUCAGAUGAUUUGUUAUCAGAAGAUGAUUCUGAGGACCUGGAUGGAGAUGAUUUUGAUUCAGAUGAUGAUUCUGAUACAAAUACCUCAGAGUCAGAGAGGACAGACAAUGAAGAUGAAAAAGAUGUGGCAAAGGACAAACCAGGUUCCAACAGUUCAGAAAAGCAGUGAUCUACUGUUACAGCUGAACGUGUACAAUUUCUUAAAUGUUUUAAUUUUUUUCUUAAUGCUUUACUUUGCCUUUUUUUAAUGCUUUACUUUUUUUAGUGCGACCUUCAGCUGGUGUGCACACCUUUAGAACUGUUGUAAUCAUUCCACACAACAGCAUUGAGUACCAGACAACAGUACACACACCUUUUCAUAUCUGGAUCCAACUGCUGAAUGGUAUAAAGAUUUGAAUUAAAGAGAAAGUAAAUAGA